AUGAAGGUUGUUGACAAAAAUAAGGGAUGGUUUUCACCAGAGACUCCGUCUAAACCCAAGAGGCAACACAUGGUGGAAGUUGGAGGAGCUGAUGGUGAUAUUGAAUCUUCCAAGAAACAGAAGAACAAUGCGGGUGAAGUUAAUGGUGAUCACUCACAUAGGAUAAUCAAAAAGAAGAUAUAUCGACCUAAAGUGGCCACUCAAUUAUUCAAGAGAAUAAAUAAAUCUGAGUCCGAAAGUAAGAGUACUCCAAAACCUUCAACUCCAAACAAGAAAAAAGUUUAUGUAAGAAAGGUUCCUAAAUAUCAGAGGUCAUUAUUUGGUAAAGACUCGGAUGCAUUUUUUCCAUUUGUGAAAAAUUUCAAAGGUUACAAGUAUGAACAAGGUGAGUUUGAGAAUCAUCUAUUGGGGAUUGAAUAUAAUUCGUUGCGAUGGUAUCAGAAUGCGGCAAGUUUUUGUCAAGUGGAGAGCAGAAGAAUCAGAGAAAAUUUUCCGAAAAUGUGUAAAAGGAAAAGAACUCGCGGAGAAAGACAAUGUUUGGAGAAACUUCUGCCCUCUUUAUCUCAUGUAAAGGGGAAGAGAUCAAAGAGUUUCACUAGGAAGAGAAAAUGUUGGACGGUUUUCAAAUCUGAAGACAACGCCAAAGUUAGCAAAAAAAUGAGACCUAUAAUCAAUAAGAUUUGUUCUUUGAAGAAAAAUAAAGGCCAGCUAGUUGUUCGUGAAAAUUCAAGAGAAUUAGUUUCUUAUAAACAACCAUCCUUAGGUGUGGAUGUUUUACUUGAAGAAGAGACAUUGAGAGUUUGGAAUUUGCUCUCGAAUGAAGAAGGACAUGAAGAGAAUGAUGAGAUAAAGAGAAAGUAUUGGGAAGAUAUAAGAAAUGGCUUCUCUAGUAUGGUUGAGACAUUUAUAUCUCGUAUGCAUGCUAUCCAAGGUGAUAGAAGUUUCUCACCAUGGAAAGGUUCAGUUAUGGAUUCUGUAGUUGGAGCUUUCUUAACUCAAAAUGUGUCUGACCAUUUAUCAAGCUCUGCUUUCAUGACACUUGCUGCAAAGUUUCCUACUAAAAUUAACUCUGGAGAAUGUAGCAAGGACCCCAUUAUUCCAAAUAAACAAGGAUUGGUUCAAAAGGAAUUGCUUUUUCCCAUUCCUAAAUUUGAUAAGGAAUUGGGAAAUGAUAAGGGAUUUUUCAAAGUUGUUGAUGAUGUAGAGCCAGAGUCUCCUCCUUGCAUUAUCUUUGAUAAGAAAAAAUCAGUUAACACAAAGAAAAGUUACAAUCAAGUGAGAAAAGAGAAGCUACUGGAAAAGGAACGAUUAUGGGAUUUAUUAAGAAAACUCAAUACUACAUUCUAUCGACCUUGUGAUCAAAUGGAUUCUGCUGAUUGGGAAGCUGUAAGAUGUGCUGAACCUGGAGAAGUAGCAAAAGCUAUUGAAUCUCGUGGUCAACACAAUAUUAUUGCUGGAAGAAUACAGAGGUUACUUAAUAUGCUAAUGGAGUCAAAUGGAAGCGUGGACUUGGAAUGGCUACGACGUAUUCCACCAAAGGAAGCAAAGGAAUAUCUUUUGAAUAUAUAUGGACUGGGAUUAAAAAGUGUAGAAUGCAUACGGCUUUUAACACUUCAACAUAGGGCUUUUCCGGUGGAUGUAAAUGUUGGAAGAAUUGUUGUGCGUUUGGGAUGGGUUCCCAUCCAACCAUUACCUGAACCAAUUCAAUUACAUAAUCUAGAGGAGUUUCCACAUCCUAACAAAGUUCAACAAUAUCUUUGGCCACGAUUAUGCACUCUUGAUCAGCGUACAUUGUAUGAGUUACAUUAUCAGUUGAUAACCUUCGGAAAGGUAUUUUGCACAAAGAAAACCCCCAAUUGCUCAGCUUGCCCAAUGAGGAAUGAAUGUCUAUAUUAUAAAAGUGCUCUUGCAAGUACAAAGCUGACUUUACCCCAAGGUAACUUAACCAGGGCAGUGAGUCAAGAAUAUGAGCCUAUAAUUGAGAUGCCACCAUCACCAGAACAUGAAAAUUCAAAAUUUGGUGAAUUAGAAGUAAAUAGCGAUGAAGAGUUUUUCAAUGAUGAUAUAACUGAGGAUAUUGAAGACAUUCCAACAAUCAAGUUGAAAAGUCAUGAAUGCUUCUCAAAAACCCAUAAUUAUUCUUGUGAAAAGUCUGAGCAUAUCGCAAAUAUAUCAACAACUUUGGUGGCGUUAGAUGCAAAUGCUGCAAACAUUCCUUUGCCAAAAAUGAAAAAUGUUAGUCGUUUAAAGACUGAACGUCUGGUCUAUGUUCUUACUGAUGAUCACCCUCUCCUAAAAGAGCGUGAUCCACGAGAGCCUGAUGAUCCUUCUCCUUAUCUUCUGGUUGUAUGGGCAAAAGGGGAAUUAGAAAGCUCACCUGAAUCAACCAAAGACAAUCUGCAAGAGGACUGCCAUAGUCUAACUGUUCCCGGAACCCUUUUGAUACCAUGUCGAACUGCAAUGAGAGGACGUUUUCCACUUAAUGGAACAUACUUUCAAGUCAAUGAGGUUUUUGCUGAUUACACUUCAAUGAUACACCCAAUCAAUGUUCCUACAAAAUGGUUAUGGAAUUUAAAGAAAAAAAUAGUAUAUUUUGGGACAGGAACAUCAUCAAUAAUGAGAGGUUUGCCAUUGAAGCAAAUUCACAAUUGUUUUUGGAAUGGUUUUGUAUGUGUGAGAGCAAUGGAUGCAAAGACUAGAGCUUCGAGACCUAUAUCAUCCAUAUUGCAUCGCAACACAAUUACCAAAGCUAGAAAGGGAAACAAAAAUGAUCUGGUCAAUGAGAAAUAA